AUGGCCCUUUUAUCAGUCCUCAGUGACGCGUUGUCCGUUAUCGCCAAGCCGAGCUCUGACGACCCAAUUCUCCAAUGCGACAACCCUGAACUUCAAGAUCUUCUCUUCAACGACACUGAGAAAGCAUUUGAGCUCGCCAACUCAAAACUGCACUCCUUUCCAUUCAAGGAUGUGCACAUCUGCUGGCAUCGACUCUACACGGACGCGUCUAUCGUCAAGGCCUGCGUCAUCAUCAUCACAAAAUGCGGCCUGAUCUCCAUUGAAAACCAGCACCUAGUUGUCUCACAACUCAUUCAAGACAUAAAGAAUGCAACUGAGCCGAAGCUCUCCCCCGACACGCCAUGGCUAUCAGAUGUCGUGGCGAUCCUGGAUAACGUCCUGAUCAUGUCUGGAGCCCCCCUCCGCGAGAAGCUGGUCGAAUCCCUAUUGUCCACGCUGCAGGCAGCUACGGAAUCCCAUAAAUUCGAAUACGACGAAACUGAUGGUCCGGAGUAUCCAAUUGCGAAACGCAGAAAAUUCUCGCCGCCUCUCUUCCCUCCAAAUGCGAUCCGUGAACCCCAUCUGGACCAUCCGAUCCCGCGUAUAUCGGCGCCCUCAUUCGAUUCCAUCGAACAUCACAUUCAAAACAACCGCACCCCACUGGUGAUACAAGAUGCAAUUGAACACUGGCCAGCCAUUUCGACGCGUCCAUGGUCUUCGCGCAACUACUGGUGGGACCGCACGUUUGGGGGUCGCCGAUUGGUCCCCGUUGAGGUGGGAAGGUCGUAUACCGACGAGGACUGGGGACAGAAGAUCAUGCCAUUCAAAGAGUUUGUGGACAAGUACAUAUGGCAAGGAAAAUUAGCUCCGGCUGAGGCGCCGGAAAACCAGCCCCAGGUCACUAACCUCGAUGGGGAGACAGCAUACAUGGCACAACACGAUCUACUUACUCAAAUCCCCGCCUUGCGUAACGACAUCAGUGUACCAGACUACUGCUAUAUCACUCCACCAGGUCCAGAUCCGGGAACACCAGUGUAUGAGAAGAAACAGCGAGAGCGUGAGGCUAAAGUUCAAGCACAGGUUCCUGAAACCUCGCAUGGCCCCCAGUUGGACACAGCACCAAGGGAGCAUGUCAUAGACGAACACAACUCAGAUGCAGGCUCGCUCAUGGGUGUCCCCAGCGACCCAAUUAUCAACACCUGGAUCGGACCGGUGUGGACGAUCUCCCCUCUCCACCACGACCCCCACCACAAUAUCCUCGCGCAGGUCGUGGGCACCAAGUACAUCCGGCUGUACUCGCCACACACGCCUGACUCUCAGAUCCACCCACGGGGCCAAGAAUGGGUCACGUCUAUUGAUGAGACGGCAGAGCCAGAUCCUGUAUCCGGGGCUCUGCCAACCACUCGUAGAUCGGUUGACAUGUCCAACACUUCCAAGGUGGACCUGGCGGCUAUCGAGACUUCCCCUGUUGAAUAUGAGAAAUGGGAGGAGAUGUGGCCUGGGUUCAUGGACGCCGAUUAUGUGGAGACUGUUCUUAAGGAAGGCGAGUGUCUCUACAUUCCUGUUGGGUGGUGGCACUAUGUGCGUGGGCUGAGGGCUGGGAUUAGCGUGAACUUCUGGUGGGGGUAA